UCGGCGCAAGAUAUAAGGACGCGCUGCUGCUCGUUAGCUAAAGCAUCUUGGCCAGAGCGAAUCAGUCAUCAUUCCUCUGAACACUCACGAUGCCGUCCACCAUGAAGUCUGGAGCUUUUUUCUUAGCGCAAACUUUUUUGUCGCUAAGCGCGAGUGCUCUUCCAAGCCCAAUCCCUGUCACGGCGGAUGUUGCUCAACGCGACUUGGGGAUCAACACCAGCAUUCCUGACGUUUUAAGACUUAGUGAGCUAUACGGCGCGCCUGACAACAACUUCGACUGCAAAAGCGAUCGGAACCCCGUUGUUCUUCUCCAUGGCCUUUCCGCGAACCGUGAGGUCGAUCUCAAUAUGCUUCAAUGGGAAUUAAACAGACGCGGCUACUGCACAUUCUCCCAGACAUACGGCGCCUGGGACUUAGUACCAUGGAUUGGUGGUCUUCGGACGAUGGCUGAUUCUGCGCAAGACAUUGCCAGUUUUGUGAAGGAAGUAAAAGAUAAGACAGGCGCGUCGAAGGUCGAUAUUGUUGGUCAUUCCGAAGGUGGCGUACAAGCCAUUUAUGUACCAAUGACGCAGGCUGGUAUCUCGGAUAUUGUGGAGCACGUAGUGGCGCUCGGUCCUGCGAUCCACGGUGCGAAGUACUUCGGCUUUACGGAUCUGUGGUAUAUCGGCGGUGAUGUCACCAGGAACAUCGCUAAGGUGGUUCAAGAUGCGCUUGGCUGCCCUGCUUGCGACGACAUGAUGACUGGUGGUGCCGUGUACAACGAUUUCAAGAACGCCGGCAAAAUUGCGCAGUCAGGAAACAAGGUCACAGUCAUCAUGUCUAACUUGGAUUCAUUAGUGUCGCCAGAUGUCAGCAGGAUCGACGAAGAAGGCGUCAAUAACGUUAUUAUCCAAGACACCUGUCCUGAUGAUAGUGUCGGACAUGCUGGCCUUAUGUGGGACAAGAGUGUCUGGCGAUUGAUUAUUAACGCGUUGGAGGAAAACACUGAUGCUGUAUUUGCUUGCGAAAAGGGACUCGGGAUCUAAUGUAUGAUUAUUGUUCGUCUGGCAUUGGUUGGAUAGAGGUUAAAAGGCGUUCAUAGAUAAACUCGCAGGGAGGGGAGCUGGAUAUUUUAAUUGAAGAUUUUCAAGAAUGAAACACGGUUCAAAAUCAUCGCGACCGCCUUUGAAU